AUGGCUAGCAACAACACUGCUAGCAUAGCGCAAGCCCGAAAGCUGGUGGAGCAGCUGAAGAUGGAGGCAAAUAUUGACAGGAUAAAGGUGUCAAAAGCAGCAGCAGAUCUGAUGGCGUACUGUGAAGCCCACGCCAAGGAAGACCCCUUAUUGACCCCUGUCCCAGCCUCAGAAAACCCCUUUAGAGAGAAGAAGUUCUUCUGCGUGAUCCUGUAAAACCCUCGAGGAGCCUGACCAGCACUCAGGCCACCCUGAACACUGAUGUAGAGUUUUAGGAACGGGGACGACCUGCUAGUCUGCAGAAUUUAAACAAAAAUAAGUAAAAUAAACGGCCUGGAAGCUACAGAGAUGUGCAUGUUUAAAGAACCUGGCCACCUUUGGGGGAAUAAGAUGAUCUGCAUUGCGAGGCAAAAGAUCUGAAGUCUGUCGAGUUGCCUAGAAAGAAAAAAAAAA